CAUCAGAUACGGGAACGGUUGUAAAACUGGCAGAUCAAGAUAAUAAACAGCCCUCCAAAUUCCCAAACAAGGAGCCUAAGCUGAAUGAUAACGCACUUGCCAAAUCAGUUCCCCCUGCAGUACAACCAACUCAAGAAGCAAGGACUGAUGCCAAAAAUUCUCAAGACGGUAUCUCCAAAACAGCCGAAGCGGUGACUGGGAAGAUGAUGGGAUUUGGUUCAACCCUGUUCAGUUCGGCAUCGUCUUUGAUAACGUCUUCCGUUCGUGAGGAAUCACGCACGACACCACCGAGUUCUCGUAAAAUGUCUGCCCCGGCGCAAGCCUUAGAUAAAGUGUCAACAUUUCAGAUUCCGCCAGUCAAGUCCAGCCCUGCUGUCUCCCCACUCAAAACAUCAAUGAAGGAGGUAAAGUCAGCUGAAGAAAAGUCAUCGGCGCAAACUGAGCCUCAGGUCAAAGCUCUUCCAGCAGGAACAAAGAAAAUGGAACUUGGUCCACAAGAACCUUCAAAAGUAGGGACCUUUGAAGUUCCUACCAAAGCAACCCGGUCUAAUUGUCCUCUUUGCAAGAUUGAACUUAAUGUGGACUCCAAGGAUUUACCCAAUUACAACACGUGUACCGGUUGUAAAGCCACGGUCUGUAACAAAUGUGGAUUUAGUCCCAUGCCGAAUAAAGCAGAAGGAAAAGAGUGGCUGUGUCUUAACUGUCAGAUGCAAAGGGCACUUGGGGCUUCUGAACCCCUUGGACUUCCCCUUAUGAAAUAUCAACACUCUCCGAGUAAAGAACCCCACCCUCCUGCAAAAGAAAAAGAUACAGCGAUACAUGCUUCCCAGGAAGACACAAUAACACGCAAAGACAUUCCACUCAACAUUAAGGAUGUUCAUGUCACAACCGAAAAAUGUGAAUCUCCAUCUGUUGGUGAACUGACUGACAAGGCAACACCUGCACCUGCUUCAUUACCUGAAAAAACUGACCCUGGUGCAAUCAAGAAGACUGACGUUGCAUCUGUUUUACCUGAGCAGACCCCUAAAGUUAAUCCCCGAUUAGCCCAGAAGCAGGCUCUAGAAACUGUGACCGCUACUGAAAAGGUUGCUCCCACAACAGUUCCAGAAGCAGCAAAAUUAACACCGCAAGAACCGGCAAAAGCCGUAAAAUCACCGACCAAAUUUGUACCACCACCAGCCAAACAACCUGCAAAACAGGAAUCGGGAGGCUUCUUUGGGUUUGGUGGUCCUAAAACGCAACAAACUGCUGCCAAACCCGCUGAAUCCGUGACUGGGAAGAUGUUUGGCUUCGGGUCAACCUUCUUAAAUUCAGCCUCCAGUUUGAUAACGUCGGCUGUGCAAGAUGAAACCAAAACAACGCCGGUCCCACGCAAGAUGUCCACGCAGGCCUCUCCUAAGACGACACCGCCUGCCUCUCCUAAAUCAUUACCGACAAAAGACGUCAAUGCAGCAGCUCGCCAGAAAACAGAGGAAGCAAAACUGGACAAACCACUGGAGAAAACUACUCCCUCAAUAAUAAAAGAUAAAGUAUCUAACGCGCCAGUUGAAUCCCCUGUGCCACCUGCAGAUACCAACAUGGCUCUGACAGCAGUUCAGUCCACGUGCCCACUCUGUAAGGUGCAAUUGAAAACGGAUGGCAACGCUGGUUCCAACUUCAACACUUGCACGGAAUGCAAAGCAACGGUCUGUAAACAGUGUGGAUUUAAUCCGAUGCCCAAUGUAUCAGAGGUACAAGACUGGCUCUGCCUGAAUUGUCAGAUGAAGAGGGCACUUGGAGCCUCUGAGCCCACCGGACCUUCUGCAGUGAUACCGCAGCCCUCACCAUCCAAGAUUAUUCCCCCAAACGCCGAACACAAGGAUACAGUGGACCAGCCUAAGGCGUCAACGCAAAUCACAAAAGAGGGCGCUCUGGUGGAGAAUAAGGCUCCCCAGGUAACAACACCCAAAAAGGCAGAUCCAUUGCAACAGGGUUCGAUGCCAAAGCCAAAUGAUCCUUCUGUUGACGGUCAAGAAAAGGCUCGGGAUGUGUCCGAGCAGACACAGCAGACCGGAAAAAUGCAACAGGCUAAGGACUUUCAAACUCUCAAAACAGAAGUCAAGGCAGUUACUCCAAAACUGGCAGAUGAAAAGCCACCUCCACAACCUUCUAAAUCCACAACUCCUGCCGACAUUUCUCCACCAACACCAACUGCGUCUGCAGGGAGGCAGUCUGCGGACGUUUCCCAAACUCCAAAACCAGAAGUCAAGUUAGUUGCUGAAAAACCGUCACUUGGAAAACCGCCACAACAGCCCUCGAAAUCUCCAACUCCUACUGUCAAAUCCACCCCGCAAGCAGUUAUGCCUUCAAAGAAAGAGUCCGGGGGGUUCUUUGGAUUCAGUGCUCCCAAAUCUCAACCUGCCUUUUCUGCAAAGCCUGCCGAGAGUGUCACCGGCAAAAUGUUUGGAUUUGGUUCCUCAAUUUUCAGCUCUGCCUCCACACUGAUAACCUCUGCUGUUCAAGAUGAUCCCAAAUCUACUCCCGCGGUCUCUCCUAAGAGCUCCCCUGCAAAAACUACACAGAAACCACAAUCACCUCAACAAACCAAACCUGCCGCUCCGUUGGCCCAGUCUAAAGUGGAAACAAAACCUGUAGAAGCCACAGAAGUGACAGGACACCCCAAAGCGGAUACUCUUCAGGCGGAUCUGUUGACCUGUCCGCUCUGUAAGGUCGAACUCAACAAGCCUCGUGUGUAA